AUGGAGGAGGAGAAGGAGGAGGAGGAGGGGGAGGCGCAGCAGCAGCAGCUGCCCCUUCCCGCGUCCCUGAAGGCCGAGGCCUUCCCGGCCAAGCUGUGGCGGCUGGCGAACAGCCCUGGCUGCCGCUCGGUGCGCUGGGACGCCCGCGGGCAGGGGCUGCUCAUCGACGAGCAGCUCUUCGUCACCGAGGUGCUGGACGUGGCGGCGGCGGGCGGCAGCCUCUUCAAGACCAAGAGCUUCACCAGCUUCAUCCGACAGCUCAACCUUUACGGCUUCCAGAAGGUGUCGAAGGGCUUGGUGGUGGCGCCCCGGCGGCUCCCCGGGGCCGGCAGCGAGGGAGGCGGCAGGGCCGCAGGCUUCCUGCACCACUUCCACAGCCCCCACUUCUGCCGCGGCCGCCCCGACCUGCUGCUGCACCUGAAGCGCCUGACCAGCGGCAGCAGGGCGAAGCUGGCGGCCGGGCAGGCGCCGAGCAGCCGCCCCGCCAGCCCCCCGCGGCUGCCCGCCGAGCCGCUGCGCAGGGACUCGCCGCUGCUGCUGCUGCUGCCGUCGCCCUCGGGGGCUGCCCGGGCCAGCGGGCACGGACUGCUGGCUGUGAGGAAGUCUCCUCAGCCUUACCUCCACAGUUUCUUUGCCUACCCCUACACAGCCACCUCGCCCCAGACCCACGGCGCUUCAGCCACCCAAAGCUUCAAUCAGCCUCCAGCCCCUUCCACGUCGUGGCAGAAUUCCCUUGAGCUGUUCCCAAGGCACAAGGCUCCCCCAGCUUUUCCAGAUAAAGGAGCUGCCUUUCCAACCCUCAGGAAUUCUCCAACGGAGGUGACCUACUCGGUGCACACUGUCUGCUCCACGCUGCCAGUUCACCAAUGGGCUCAAAACAUCACCACUGCCUCUGGGAAAUGCAGCAGCUCCUCACCUUCCCUGCACUGCUCACAGGCCUACUGUCCAACAGCUGCCCUGCAGUGUUCACCACCUGCCCACAUGGAUCCUCUGCCUGACUGUGCUCCUCUUACAGCUUCAACCUACACCCACUGCAGCUUCUUCCAGGAGGAUGCUGGUGCUGGAUGCGAAUCCACUACAUCAGAGAUAGAAGAGGAACAAUUCACUUCAGGCCCUGUGAAUAAGUCUGCAGAAGAGACAUCUGAAAAGCCCAGAUGCAGGAAAAGAAAGCACAGCUCACAUGAAGCCCAGGCCCCUGAUCUCCAUCUGCUGGAAGCCAGAGCUUGCAAGCAGGGGUACUUUCUGAAGGAAGAAACAAGAGAGUGAGAAGUGGGUGACAAGUAUGU